AAAUUUUUUUUCAUUUCUCUCUUACAAAUCCUUUUUUCUUUUUUUUUUCUUAUUAUUAUUAUUAUUAUUCACAAUGACAAAGAAAUCUACCAUGACUUUACAAACACCAGGAGCCUUUUCUCCUACACAACCCAAGAAAACAAGAAAAAGUUGGAAAACUUUUUUUAUACUAGUGAUUGGUUUAUUCUCUCUAUAUUUUAUUAUUAUUCCAGAUAAUAAGUAUACAAUGACACCAAGUGAAUGGAAAGCAUUUAUUCAAGCUCAUCCUUAUCAAGCUCCAACUGCUACAGAUGUAAGGUCUCCAUGUCCUUUUUUGAAUACAAUGGCCAACCAUGGUAUACUUCCCAGAUCAGGCAAGAAUAUUACAUUUGAAGAAUUUCACAAGGUGAUGCGAAUGGUAGGCACAACCUCUGUUGGUACCAGAGCGUUUUUAUAUUUUGCCUUUUAUGUUUACAAUGAAAUCGAUCCUCUUCAACCCAUGCGAUAUGAUUUACGAUUAGCACCUCAUCUCGAUUUGGAUCAUAUUGGUAUACACAACAUUAUUGAACAUGAUGUAUCACUUUCUCGACCUGAUGCAUUCCAUCAACCUGAUUUUUCUAUUCCCAGUCUUGAACAGGUUCAAUCUCUUGCCAGUACUGCAAAUGCUACAACUUCAAUGGUGGGUAUAAAAGAACUCAGCGACUUUCGAAGGAAACGAUGGAUUGAAUCUAUACAAACAAAUCCUUAUCAUCAUUUUGGUUUUGGUCUUCAGAUCAAUGCUGGUGUCGAAUGUGCUUUGCUAUUGAAUUUCCUUGGUCGUGAUCAUCAAAUCUCUGCUGCUCAUUUGGAAUCCUUUUUACUCAAAGAAACUAUCCCUGAUGAUUGGUAUGGUAUGGAGAAAACAUUAUCGCCAUGGACUAUAACCAAGCGAGUGACUGACUGCAUCACCUCUGUCCGAAACAACAACUUCUAGUUGACCCCAGUUUACCCUCCAAAUUUGCACCCCUUUCUCCUUUUCCCCAUUUUUUUUAUGCAUACCCCUGAUAGUUAGUUUACUUUCCGUGGCGUUUUCUUUUUAUUUUAUUUUAUUUUAUAUUUACCUCUUUAUUAUUGUUAUUAUUCCUAUAUAUGAAUUAUUUUAUGACAAUAAACAAUGAUAAUGAUAUUGAUGAUGCAGC